ACGUGUGUGAAGUGCCGCCCUGCCCGACAGACCCGGGUCAUCACGUGAGAGAGGAGGAUGGGGCUGUGCGGGCGGGGCUGGAGGUGUCUCGGGGUCCUUCGGCUGCCGUGCGUGGCUGCCGGAUCGGGCCCCCGCCUGCUCCGUGUCUGGGCCCCAGCCGCUGGGGAGCCCCUGGCCCGGGGGGGCUCGUCCUGCGGCCGGUGCCCUCGGACCGGGGCCCCGCACAGCCAAUGGGCCCCCCGCGGGCCGGGCAGCGCCCCCCGCCGCCAGGCCUGGCCUGGCCUCCAGCAGGCGCGAGGGGUGGCGCGCCCCAACCCUUUCCCGCGGGGCCAGGAGCAGGAGUGGAGACGCAGGAACAGGACCGUCCUGACCUACAUCGCCGCCGCGGCCGUGGGCAUGGUGGGCAUGUCCUACGCGGCCGUGCCGCUCUACCGCCUCUACUGCCAGGCUACUGGACUAGGUGGGUCAGCAGUAGCAGGCCAUGAUUCAGACCAGAUUGAGACUAUGGAACCUGUUAAAGAUCGCAUCAUUAAGGUCACUUUCAAUGCUGAUGUGCAUGCAAGUCUACACUGGAAUUUUAGACCUCAGCAAACAGAAAUAUACGUUGUACCAGGAGAGACUGCACUGGCAUUUUACAAAGCAAAGAAUUCUACAGACAAACCAGUAAUUGGAAUCUCUACAUAUAACGUGGUUCCAUUUGAAGCAGGACAGUAUUUCAAUAAAAUACAAUGCUUUUGUUUUGAAGAACAGCGGCUUAAUCCCCAAGAGGAAGUGGACAUGCCUGUAUUUUUCUUCAUAGAUCCUGAAUUUGCUGAAGACCCAAGAAUGGCCAAUGUUGAUCUGAUCACUCUUUCUUACACUUUUUUUGAAGCAAAAGGAGGACACAAAUUGCCACUCCCAGGUUAUCAAUAAUAUACUAUCUAUACAACAACUGAGUAGUUUCUUUGAUACCUAGCAGCCAAAUGAUGUCAGCUUUGUAAAACACAUUUUUCGAAAGACACAAGGAGGAUAUGAAACACCACAUGGAACUACUGUACAAUAUGAAUUUGUAUUUUAAAUUAUUAAACCAUGGCUCUUAAAGUGUGAUUUUAUUCUACUUUCCCUACAAGGACCAGUGAUGUCGGAACACAUAGGAAAAGGGAAAUCUUCAAAACAAUUAUCAGAUUUAGCUUUACAUUCAAUUGAUAGGAACAGAUUUGUCCAUUAAAUCUCUGAGGGUAUGGAGUUGUUAAUCUCCUCUGUUGAUGAAAACCAGAUAAGAAAACUGUUAAUACCUGAAAAUGAUUAAGAGCUUAUGGUACUUCAGAAGAAAGACAACUUUCAUUGAUCCUGUAUUUUAGGUGAAAAGGAAUACCCCUUACCAGCAAAUAUUCUACCUAAUCUUGAGACCUCAUGAGAGGAAACAAAAUCAGUCUGGGUCACUAAAGAAUACUUACGUGGUACAGGAAAAGUUGAUGAUUCAUUAGGACUCUCCCUUUUAAGAUUGUACUGAAUUAAUAGUCUGACAUAGACCAGUGGUCACUGCUGCUAGAAGUACUGUGUGUUGGAUGUCAUGCACAACAGAGGUCCUGACUACUUGUGGUUAUUUUUCCAAAAAAAA